UAUUGAAUUAGCAGAAGAUAAAUUAUUAGAAAUUAUUAUUGCAGAAUAUUAUUUGUCAGAUGAAAAGAAUUACAAACAUCAUUCAGAAUCAGUCUAUACAAGUCGUUCACUAAAUGAGUUAAUUCAGCAAACUAAAUCAUCAAAUCUUUUGUCAAUGGAAUCAGUCUAG